CCCACGCGGUGCGGCCCGGAGCCCUCGGUGGCGGUGCGCUCCGCCUUUCCCCCCCCCACCCCCAGCCCCAAGACCCUCUUUCCGAAGCCGAGCAUGGGUGCGCGCGCGUCCCAGGAGCCCCGGGUCCGGGUCGGCCUGCGACUGCUGCUGCUAUUUCUGCUCCUGGCGCUGAUGCUGCUGGCGCUGGUGGCCCCUGGCGCGCAGGGGGCUCGGGGCCGCGGGGCUGCGGAUAAGAACAGCCACCGGCGCGCGGCCAGCACCUUCUCGCAGAGCGUGAGCAGCCUGUUUGGAGAGGACAACGUGCGCGCGGCUCAGAAGUUACUGUCCAGGCUGACUGAGCGGUUCGUGCAGGGCGUGGACAUGUUCGUGGAGACACUAUGGAAAGUUUGGAUGGAGCUCUUGGAAGUCCUGGGACUUGAUGUGUCCAACCUGUCACAGUACUUCAGCCCAGCCUCCGUGUCCAACAGUCCCACCCGGGCCCUGGUGCUGGUUGGUGUGGUCCUCCUGGCCUACUGGUUCUUGUCUCUGACCUUGGGUUUCACCUUUAGCCUCCUGCACCUGGUGUUUGGUCGCUUCUUCUGGCUCGUGCGUGUCAUCCUGUUCUCCAUGUCCUGUGUGUAUAUUCUGCAUAAGUACGAGGGUGAGCCCGAGCACGCCGUGCUGCCGCUCUGCCUCGUUGUGGCCAUCUACUUUAUGACGGGGCCUAUGGGCUACUGGAGAGGCAGUCCCAGUGGCGUUGGCAGCCCCAGUGUAGAGGAGAAGCUGGAGCACCUGGAGAACCAGGUGAGAGUGCUCAACAUCCGCCUCAACAGGGUGCUGGAGAACCUUGACCGCUCCAAGGACAAGUGAAGGUCAGUUGCCCGGACAUCUAAGGGCACCAGCCAUAGUGAUCUCAAAAGACAACAGAAGAAGAAGAAGAAAAAAAACAACAACAGCCGGCAGCCAAACCCCAACCCUCCCAAUAAACUGAGCAAGAAUGCCACACCUGGUAUUUCCCAUUGUGUGUCAACCUUAAGACCCACUGGAGGAGAAAGAACUUAUGUAGAAUAGAACUUAGAGUGUUGCUGGUGGGAAAAGUGUAUUUUUUGAACAAUGGAUAUACCCCUAUUAACUGUGUAGUCAGAGAAAUUUAUCUGCAUAGAAUAUAAAGUUGAUUUUUCCCCCCAACAUUUAAAUCUUUUGUAAGGUUUUUAAAUAAAGGCAGAUCCAGUCAAGUUUAUCAGAACUUUGAAGAAAGCACUUGAAGAUUUUAAGGAAGUUUAAACUGGCUGCUGGGUGGGCACUGUAUGUGUUAUCUUCAUAUUCCCAAAUGUGACUUUUAUCUUAUGUCUUCUGGGGUUGGAGGUGACUUGGUUAAUGAGUGCUGUCUCUUGUUAUUUUGGACACUUGGGCCUCAGAGUGGAACCCAAUCGCCUUUGGAUCCUAGGGACCCUGUGCACUUGGUCAUUCCAUUGUGUUUCUUCAUGCGUUUCUGUUUUUAUGGUGCUGGGGAUGCUGAGCCCACCCCCACCCUGUCCAUUGUAUUUCUGAAUGGAGGUACCCAUAGACGUCCUGGGAUCUUUUCCUCCUCUCUGGACUUUAAUGUAGUCUAACACCCAGCCUUUCUAGAAGGAAAAUACACAGAUGGGGCUACAAAA